ACAUCCACUAGCAGUUCUCUUCGUCUGCCACUUUCUAGCAACAUCCUACGUAUAAUGCUGGAGUAUCUGUACACGGAUGAUGCGGUAUCUCUACGGGAGUGUACAAAUGUGGAGUUACUAUGUAACAUCCUUGCAGUAUCAGAUCAGUACUUGAUGGUCAGACUGAAGGAAAUCUGUGAAGUUACUCUGGCUAACUCUAUCACAAUGCGUAAUGUUGCUGAAUUGCUAGACUUUGCCACAGUAUACAAUGCAAGACAGUUGAAAAACACAUGCAUACAAUUUAUAUGUUUAAAUCUUGCUACCUUGUUAGAAAUGAGGACAUUGGAAAUAUUAAGUGAAGAUAUUCUAGAGGAAGUAUCUGCUGGGUAUAAAGAAAUGAUUCCAUCUAUGUGUAGAAGAAUAAUUACUCCAUAUUCCAUGAGCUCAGUUCCUGAUUGUUUUACAAAUGAGAUGGGUCAAAAUGGGACAGUAACCAUGGAGACUGAGGACGAGGAUCAGAAUGUCCAAUAUGAAGUGACUACACCUGAUCAAUCGUCAAAAAAAGCUAAAUGGAAAAAGAAAUCGCGUAAAAGAACCAUUAGUGCUGGAAAAGAUGACUCUAUCCAAAGUGACAGAACAACAUCCCUGGAGAAUGUUGUUGCUAUGGAAACUAUUGAUUUAUCUCCAAGAGUUGAAGAGGCCAAAGAACUCCUAAAAGGGAGCAGUGCAGAAGAGAUGAAGGAGGUGAUAGUUAUUUUCACUUUGCCAAAUAAAUCAUCAAAAAUGUGA